CGCAGGAAGUUCCGCGGCUGUCCGCGACGUUCUUCUGCCUCAGUAAGAGUAGAGUUGUGUUCACGUUUGGUUGUGUGUUUCCUCUUUCGCCGAAAUAGGCCACACAACCUACGUUCAUUCGUGAAACUAACUCUUCUAUAAAAACCCAAAAAAAAAGUAAAAAAGUUUUCGAAAAAAACGCAUACAAAAAAAUCGCAAAACCGUAGGCGAAAACCGUCGUAACCCUGGCCGUGUGCGAGUGACGGACGCAACGCAACGCGAUACGAGACAAGAGAGAGAGGACUUCGUCGGAGUCGAAAAGAGGACGAGCCAUAUUGCGAGGAAGAAGAGGCGGCGGAGGUGAAGGAAGGAGCGAGCAGCGAAAAUCUUCGCGCUUGUGAAGCUAAAGGGAAAGAGCACCGUUCUCUCGAUCCAUCCAUAUUGGUAUAUCUUUUCUCUCUCUCUUUCUCUCUUUCUCCACCCGUUGAAGACUCGAAGAAGCACGAUACUCCGCAGCCGCCAGCAUCAUGAAUCCCGGAGCGCCCAACUACCCGAUGGCCUCGCUCUACGUGGGCGAUCUGCAUACCGACAUUACCGAGGCGAUGCUGUUCGAAAAGUUCUCAUCGGCAGGUCCCGUACUAUCGAUACGCGUAUGCCGAGACAUGAUUACCCGUCGCUCGCUCGGCUACGCAUAUGUCAACUUCCAACAACCGGCUGACGCCGAACGCGCUCUCGAUACUAUGAACUUUGAUAUGAUAAAGGGGCGGCCUAUUCGAAUCAUGUGGUCUCAGCGUGAUCCCUCUCUACGCAAAUCGGGCGUCGGAAAUGUAUUCAUAAAGAAUCUAGACAAAAACAUAGACAAUAAAGCAAUGUAUGAUACAUUCUCCGCUUUCGGUAACAUAUUAAGCUGCAAGGUCGCGCAGGACGAGUCAGGUGCCUCUAAAGGAUACGGUUUCGUUCAUUUCGAGACCGAAGAGGCGGCCAACAAAUCGAUAGACAAAGUCAACGGCAUGUUGUUGAACGGCAAAAAGGUGUACGUCGGUAAAUUUAUCCCACGCAAGGAACGCGAAAAGGAAUUGGGCGAGAAGGCCAAGCUAUUCACGAAUGUUUACGUGAAGAACUUUGGUGAGGAUAUGACUGACGACAAACUCAAAGAGAUGUUCGAGAAAUACGGGACCAUUACCAGUCAUAAAGUGAUGAGCAAGGACGAUGGCAAAUCACGCGGCUUUGGAUUCGUCGCGUUCGAGGACCCGGAUGCGGCUGAGCAGGCGGUGCUCGAGCUGAACGGCAAGGAGAUCUCUGAGGGCAAAUGCAUGUACGUUGGUCGCGCCCAGAAGAAGGCUGAGCGCCAGCAGGAGCUCAAACGAAAAUUCGAGCAGCUGAAGAUUGAGCGGCUGAAUCGCUACCAGGGUGUGAACCUCUACGUGAAAAAUCUGGACGAUACGAUCGACGACGAGCGUCUGCGCAAGGAAUUUACACCGUUUGGCACGAUCACAUCUGCGAAGGUAAUGAUGGAAGAGGGUCGUAGUAAGGGUUUCGGCUUCGUGUGUUUCUCGCAGCCGGAGGAGGCCACCAAGGCUGUCACAGAGAUGAAUGGAAGAAUUGUGGGCUCGAAGCCGCUCUACGUCGCUCUGGCGCAACGAAAGGAGGAUCGUAAGGCGCAUCUCGCCUCUCAGUAUAUGCAACGCAUGGCGAACGUACGCAUGCAACAAAUGGGCCAGAUAUUCCAACCUGGUAAUGCUGGCAGUUAUUUCGUUCCCACGUUACCGCAACCGCAGCGCUUCUACGGGCCUGCUCAGAUGGCUCAGAUCCGCGCCACUCCGCGCUGGCCAGCGCAACCGAAUCAAGUACGACCGAACGCGCAGACCGGAAAUUCCGGAUUCGCAUCCAUGCAAUCCGCACCUUUCCGAGCGGCGCCGCGCGCCCCUGCCGCACAGGCUGGCGCCUUGCGUAACAGCAUGUCCGCCAGACCUAUCACAGGUCAACAAACAGUUGGUGGCGCCAACAUGCAGAGCCGUUCCAUGGCCGGGCCCGCUGUCGGGGUUUCGCCCGGUCAGAGCCGUCCGCCGAACUACAAGUACACCGCGAAUAUGCGCAACCCGCCGCAAACGGCUAUGGCGUUACCUGCACCGAGCGGCCCUUCGGUGCAGCAGGCCGUACAUAUCCAAGGCCAGGAGCCGCUCACCGCGUCGAUGUUGGCAGCGGCGCCACCGCAGGAGCAAAAGCAGAUGUUGGGCGAGCGAUUAUUCCCGCUCAUUCAAUGCAUGUAUCCGUCACUGACCGGCAAGAUCACCGGUAUGCUGUUGGAGAUCGAUAACAGCGAGCUGCUUCAUAUGCUGGAGCACAACGAAUCCUUGAAAGCUAAGGUUGAAGAAGCCGUGGCCGUGUUACAGGCUCAUCAGGCCAAACAAGCUGUUGCACCGAAAAAGGAAUAAGAAACUGUGCUUUGUGAGAUCGGACUUUUUGUUUGAAAACAGUGUUCAAUUAUUUUAAAUUUUCGAUUAAAUUGAUGUAAAAUUAUAUAUAAUAAUCUCUCUUUUUUUUAUUUAUUUUUAUUUGUUUGAAUUAGACGCGAUUAAGUUCAUAUACUUGAAUGUAAAAUGCCUUGAGAAGGCUCCAACUAAAAAAGUCUUAUGAUAAUAAAUUUUUCUUUCAAGAUA